CGCGACUGUCAGAGGGAGGCUCAGCUCUUGCCCUCCUUCCCAUCCAUCCCAUCCCAUGAGAUCCUGCCACUCUUUUGCAUUCAUCCACCUUCUUCCGAACCCACGUCUCUCUCACGAUCCAGCUUCCCCCAACGCACCCCUCGCAGCCUCCCCAACCUACUGUGGUCUAAAGUCCGCCUGCUCUGCACUCAAAGCACCUGCAUACAUGCGCCGUUAUGUCUAGCUCGAGCAGCCUCUCUGAUCCCGAGAGCCAGCUUGAUGGCAGCGCAACAGAGGAUUCUCACCCUGGCGUGGACGCUGAGGAAGACGGCGAGGGCGGAAGUGGGAGCCAGGCAGAGUCCACUGAAGACGCUGAGGGCGACACCGACUCCGAAGACCAGAGCGGAGCCCAAUCCAAGACUGGCAAUGAAAAGACCUCGAACGCUCAACAACCACCUACUGGCUCUCCAGCUGGCUCUCCUUGGAGCCCGGGCAGCGACUUUGAGCGCGAGUACAUCGAUCUGCCUGUCGUUCAGCCCCACCGCCGAGUCAGGUUCAGAAGUCAAGCCGAAGCCUUCAGCCAACCUCGAGUGGUCUCGCAGCGUGCCCCCACUGGACGCUAUCUUAUCACCAACUCAAAGACGGGAGACAUCGAGAUCCGUCCAGCAGCGUACAUUACCUGCGACAGUGACUUUCCCCACGGUGAGGUAGAAGAGGACGAUCCUCAUGCUGAUGAUCCGAUCUUGUGCAUCGUAUACGGACGCUCAGGAAGGGGGCCCUGUGGAGAUCGAGCGAUUCAUAUCCGCUAUCCUGGCGAUGGAAGAUUGCCGUACAUCCCUCUUGGAGACAUCAUCAUCGAGCGUGAGGUCGAGCCAGGUCUCGAUCCCACGUACCCUCACCUCAUGUUUGUAGGGCACGACGCCCCUGGUCCAUGCACAAGCUUCGUCAGGGGCAUCUCUUCUGUUCGACUAGGCAUUGAAGAGAACAUGUUCGGAAAAAUCUGGACAUCCGUCGGUGGCGACCCGAGAGUAUGUCUUGACCUACCCCCAGCACAGCGCCAUCCGAUCGUGAACUUCGAGGACGACGACGAUGGGGAGCUGAGGUACCAUGAUAAGCACUACUGGGUCUGUGCACCUCUGGAUCAUCCACUCAAAUGCACAAUUCUCACAAAGCACGGAGGGGAACCUCAGGAAGUCGACCUCGCACGGAUCCUUCGCGCGACCAAUUCAAACUUUCUUGCGGAUGCAAUAGUCACUAUGAGGCGUAACGACUGUGCAUGGGAGGAAGGCGGGCUCGGUCGUCGUCAGUGGUUCCUCGACAUCAGGAUCGCGAGUCUGCACUUGCAGGGACUCAGCAAAGCUCGCUCGGCUCAGCCGCCACGCUCUGUACAUGCUGUUGGCCGUGGGCAAGUUGCCACACCUGAGCUCGCUCAGCUGUUCAGUCUUUGUCAAGCUAUUCAGCCCAUUAUUACCUCGGGUGAGGUGCGCAUUGCCAGAGCUCCUUCCGCUGCGACUCGCUGUGUCCCAAUUCCUACAGCGAUGACCGGCAAGCGUAAAGCUCUUCCAGCCCCUGUGCCUGAGAAUGCCAAGCGACUCAACAACCGAACAAUUCCCAAUGCCAGCGCUGCGAGUGCAGCCAGAGCUAAGCCUGCCGCUACUGCUGAAGUCUCUCGCGAAACGCCAGCCCAGCGUCCAUCUGGCGCUGCUGCUCAAGCUCCUCCUCUUACUCAGAUUGCUUCUCAGGGUCAGCCUCAUGUUCAGGAGCGAGUUGAGGCCCGAGCUCAGAAACCAUCUCAGGCUGCUUCCCAAGUUCAGCCUCAGUCCCAGGUUCCCGCUCCUUCUAAGGUUCGUCCUUCUGCAACAAGCCAGCCCAAGGCAAAGCACAAAGCUCCCGCCACCAGCCCCCUCAAAGUUCCAGGUAUUCCGCGAUCGGGCGUCUCACCCAUCAUCUCUGUUCUCGACAUGACGCUGCAACCACCACCAUCUGGGUCAUCGGCCUCGUCCGAAUCCUCAUCCGCUCCGUCUUCUCCUUCUCCGGCGGCAGCUCAAGGUCGAGGUGGAGCUAGACCUCAAAUGCAAGCUCAAACGCAAGGCUACCCAGCAGGAUCAGGUUUGGCUCCUGCUAGAGUCGAGGACGCGGCAGAGGCUGAGGCUGAUGCUGAAGUUGGUGCUUCCGUUUCGCCAGGAAAUUCGGACGGUACUCUUGCUCCUGUUCCUGCGAGUAGGCAGAGAUUGGUCCAGAUCAGGGGAUCAGAAAAGGCAUCGAGCGCUGCCCCUCUCUCACCCUCAUCUACGACGGCACAUGAGCACUCAGCUGCGCACCCGACUUCAGCUGUAGCAUCACCAGCUUCUUCCAUCUCGACAUCAGACUCACUUUCUGCCCGAAUCGCCACGCCUCGAGCAUCUCAGCGACGACACUUCCACAAUCAAGCACCAGCGUCACCUCAAGCUCGAGAUCCAUCUCAAUCUCGUGGAGGUGUACCCAUACGCGAAACUGAAAGCGCAAGCGCAGGCCUCUCGAUCUCCACGCGCCGAAAGGUUCGGCGUAGGAGGACCCUGCAGAGGAUCGGAUACGCACUUCUUUGGCUCGAUGACAUGAGUUGAAUGAGCGAGAGAGCGAGCUGCUAGCAGAUUUGGAGAAGGUGUGCGUGACCCGCUUGCAGUGAAGCUUAGAUGGAGUGAAGGUGGGCGAUGCAUGAGUGGAGAGAGAUGAGAGGAGGGACAAGAGGGAGAUGAUGGGACUGAUUUGCGGGGCCAAAGGGUGGAGACACAAGCACGCACGAGAGGCGAGAUAGAGAGCACAGACAAUGGCCGUUGUUUUCUACAGAUGGGUACCAGGUCUUGCUCAACACCGAUACGCUUCCAUUCCUGAAUUCUGGGCAAAAAGCAAGAUCAGCGGUCCCAGUAGCGCCCUGUUGCCUCUACCAGCCUUCCCCGUCUUCUCAUUGUUGUCGUAAUGGCCUCACC